AUGGCUUUGCUGGCUGCCACGCUCCUUUUCUCUCUGUCUCUAUUCAAAGGAAAACAGGGAUCAGCAGCUGCUCAAUAUAACUGUGUUUUCCUGGGAGAAGAAGGGUCAAACAGUCUUUAUGAAGAUGGUGAUGUAGUUAUUGGGGGUUUAUUCCCUCUACAUUACAGCCCUGUACCCUCUCUUCUCACAUUUAAAGAAAGACCAUCACCUAAUUCUUAUAAUUAUUUCAGUGCUCGUGCCCUUCGCUGGAUGCAGACAAUGGCUUUUACAAUCAGAGAAAUCAACGAGCGCACCGAUCUCUUGCCACAACUCAAACUUGGGUACCACAUUCUUGACAGCUGUGAUGAGAUAUCUGUUUCCUUGAGAGCAUCCUUUUUGUUAGUGAAUGGGGAGCCAGAGAGAGGCCUUAAAGCUGAGAGAGGAAGGAGAAUUGCGAGUAAAAAUGAAGCCCUUCAUUUAGGAUGUUCUGCUGUGAACAGAACGCUGUCCUCAGUUAUCAUAGGUGACGCUGGGUCUGGUGUUUCUAUGGCUCUGCUACAAAGUCUGGGUUCUUUUCAUAUUCCAGUGGUGAGCUAUUUUGCCUCAUGCAGCUGCCUGAGCAAUCAAAGGGAAUUUCCCACCUUCAUGAGGACAAUGCCUAGUGACGCCUUCCAGAUUAAAGCCCUGGCCCAGUUGGUCCGCUAUUUUGGCUGGACCUGGGUGGGAGUUAUUGGAGUAGAAUCUGAUUAUGCUCGCUUUGCCAUACAGCUUUUCCUUCAGGAAUCAGUGCAUUAUGGUGUAUGUGCUGCCUACACACAUUUCUACCCUGUGGGUCUAAGCCACCAGGAUCUUGAAAAGCUUCUUAAUAUAAUUCAGAGGUCAUCUUCAAAAGUCAUCAUUAACUUUUCAGGAGAGGCAGAAAUGCAGGGCAUUCUAAGAGAAAUGCAACGUCUAAAUUUGACUGGCUUUCAAUGGAUAGCCAGUGAGGCCUGGGCCACCUCUAAGUCGCUUUGGGAAAAAUCAGACAAUCUUCUAAAGGGCACUCUUGGAUUUGCAAUACAGAGAGCUAUUGUGAUACCAGGGCUGCAGCAACAUCUUCUGGAUCUCACACAUUCAGCUAUUCAUAAAUUAGCAUUCUUAACAGAAUUUUGGGAGGAAACAUUUAACUGUCGACUAAAUGGAUCUGUCAACAACCACUUUCAUGGGUUAGGAAGCAAUCAAGGCAGAGCUCCGUGUAAAGGGACUGAAGAUUUGAAUGACGUUUACUCUCCUUAUUCUGAUGUCACGCAACUGCGAGUGUCCUAUAAUGUCUACAAAGCUGUGUAUCUUGUAGCUUAUGCCUUGCAAGAUAUGAGUAAUUGCAAAGCUGGAGAAGGACCGUUUCUUAAAAAAACUUGUGCAGAUCCAAAGAAUUUUGAACCCUGGCAGCUUCUCCAUUACAUGAAGCUUGCAAAUUUUUCCGCACUAGGAGAGAAAGUCAACUUUGAUCAAAAUGGUGACCCAAUUGCUUAUUAUGAUCUAAUGAACUGGCAGAGGGGGCCUGAUGGAUAUCUAAAUUUGGUAAAAGUAGGUUUCUACGAUGCCUCCCUUCCUGCUGGACGCAGCUUGGUCAUAAAUGACUCAGCAAUUAUGUGGCCAGUUGGAAAGCAGGCAGUCCAGUCUGUGUGCAGCAAUAGCUGUCCUCCAGGUUCCCGUGUUGCCAGAAGAAAAGGAGAACCUAUUUGCUGUUAUGACUGUGUCCCUUGUGCUGAAGGAGAGUUUAGUAAUACAACUGAUUCUUUAGAUUGCUCAAGAUGUUCUGACGACACAUGGCCUAAUAAUGACAGAGAUCUCUGCAUACCUAAAACAAUUGAGUAUCUAUCUUACUUUGAGCUCAUGGGUGUUCUGCUGUGUGCUGCCUUGACAAUAGGAGCCUCUUUUUCCCUUAUUAUCAUUGCUAUAUUCUACUCUUAUAAAGACACAGCUCUAGUUCGAGCAAACAACAUGGAGUUGAGCUUUCUGCUGCUGAUCUUUAUCACCAUUUGCUUCCUUGUUGGUCUACUGUUCCUUGGUAAGCCUUCAGACUGGCUCUGCUGGAUCAGAUAUCCAGCAUUUGGGAUCAGUUUUGCCCUCUGUCUUUCAUGCCUCCUGGCCAAGACAACAGUGGUUUUAAUGGCUUUCAGGUCCAGAUUACCAGGAAGUAAUGCAAUGAAAUGGUUUGGAAACAAACAGCAGAGAGCCAGUGUGUUUUUGGGAACCGCUGUCCAGGUUCUUGUCUGUCUUAUUUGGCUGCUUACCAGUCCACCCCAUGCCAAUUACAAUACAGAUUACCACAGCUCUAAAAUAAUCAUUGAAUGUGCAACUGGUUCAGAUGUUGGUUUUUGGCUUGUUCUUGGAUACAUCGGAAUCCUGGCUUGCAUGUGCCUCGCGUUGGCCUUUUUGGCACGGAAGCUGCCUGAUCAUUUCAACGAGGCCAAGUUCAUUACCUUUAGCAUACUGAUCUUCUUUGCUGUUUGGGUUACUUUUAUCCCAGUUUAUAUGAGCACCAUUGGAAAAUAUACUGUUGCUGUCCAUGUUUUUGCUAUUUUAGCCUCAGCUCUAGGAUUACUCUUUUGCAUUUUUGCUCCAAAGUGCUAUGUCAUUUUGCUAAAACCUGAAAAGAACACAAAGAAACAACUGAUGCAAAGAUAA